CUCAAUCUUCCAAGAGGAUAUGGCUAUGUUGAAUUCAAGACAAGAGCAGAUGCUGAAAAGGCUCUACUUUACAUGGAUGGUGCCCAGAUUGAUGGCAAUGUAGUAAGAGCAAAGUUUACACUUCCUCCAAGACCAAAAGUUUCUCCACCGCCAAAGCCAAUUGCUCCUGCUCCUAAAAGAGAUGCCCCCAAAUCUGAUAAUGUCAAUGCUGAUACUGAGAGGGAUGGGCCAAACGACCACGGAACCUUCUCCUCAACGGAAAGCCCCACUGUCAGCACGAAGGAGAUCUCCUGUGGGUCGAAGAGGUGGAUCUCCUAGAAGACCACCAGAGUCUCCACGUCGGCGACUAGAUUCUCCAGUUCGUCGUCGUGGUGAAACACCUCCUAGGCGCCGGCCUGCCUCUCCUGCCAGAGGUCGUUCUCCGUUGUCUCCUCCAAGGCGGCCUCGAUCUCCAGCAAGGACCUCUCCUCGCAGGAUGCGCGGUAGUCCAAUCCGAAGACGUUCUCCACCUCCAAGGCGCCGUUCACCUCCUAGACGAGCCCGUAGUCCCCCAAGAAGGUCUCCCAUCAAUCGUAGACGUAGCCCUUCUCCGAUUCGUAGACGAAGCCGUUCUCCAAUUCGUAGACCUCUUCGUUCUCGCUCGAGGUCAAUUUCACCUCCAAGAGGCAGAGGACCUGCAGCUAGACGGGGGAGAUCAUCAUCCUAUUCCCGAUCACCCAGUCCCCGGAAGGUCGGACGAAGGGUUUCGAGGAGUCGUAGUCCUAGGAGGCCAUUGAGAGGAAGGAGCAGCAGCAGCAGCAAGAGCAGCAGCAGCGGUUCGCCUCCUCGGAAGCCGUAGAAUACCUUUCUAACGCAAUUUAUUUCCCUUUGCCCAUUCCGUCAUAUGUAUUUUGAUGUAGUUGUUGAGUGAAUGAUGUCAAGGAGUCUUAUCGACGUGUUUCCAAAUAAUGCACUUCAUAUGUGGUAAAACUGCAUCUUAACAUUGUCUGUCUGAACAUUUCAUUAGUGUCCCCAAAUUGCUUAUCUUUUUCUCC